GGCGUGCAUUCUCCUCCUCUGUCCCCGCCGCCAUGCGCAUCGUCGAGGUCCCUGUCCGCUCGGACAACUACGCGUAUUUGAUUAUUUCAGAGGGAAACAAGGCCGCCGCCGUCGACCCGUACGAUGUGCCCAAGGUCCAGGCCGCUGCGCAGAAACUCGGUGUAGAGAUCGUUGCAGCUAUCACCACUCACCAUCACCACGACCAUAGCGGUGGAAACCAGAAAUUCGCUGAAGCCUACCCUGGCGCCCCCAUCUACGGAGGCAGCAAACAGAUCCCGGCAUUGACCAACCUCGUCAAGGACAAAGAUGAAUUCAAGGUCGACUCCAUCUCCGUCAAAUGUCUCGCGACGCCGUGCCAUACUCAAGACUCCAUCUGCUAUCACGUUACCGACUCCUCCCCCCACAAAGGAGGCGUCUUCACCGGCGACACCCUAUUCAUCGCCGGAUGCGGUCGCUUUUUCGAGGGAACUGGGGAUGAGAUGAACAAGGCCUUGUCGUACCUAUCGACCUUGCCUCCGGAGACCAUUGUGUUCAAUGGGCACGAGUAUACCAAAGGCAACCUUGCCUUUGCCAAGAGCGUAGAUCCCGAAAACAAGGCGCUCGGUAGGCUGGAGGAGUUAGUCAAGAAGAACGACAUCACAACAGGGUUGACCACCAUCGGCGACGAGAAGGAGUGGAACCCCUUCAUGAGGUUGACCAGCAGUUCUAUCUUGAGUGCCACGGGAGCAUCCCAAGGCACACCUGAGGGCUCGAUCAUGGACACAUUGCGAGAGAUGAAGAACAGCUUCAGGGGGUGAGUGAAUGAGGCCAGCUAGCCGUCUGUGACUAAGAAAGCGGGUUGGAAGAUAACUAAAUGUGUACUACAACAGCAUGAUUAUAUAUGUAUAUGUAUAACGGCAGUGUAAGAUGCAGAACCCAGUUGCUGUAUGAUAAAUGACUCAGAAAGUGUCACCAC